UUUCAAUAAGGUACACGCAACCUGUUCUGAAACUCAUCCAUAAUAAUGUGGAAGAAGAAUUGAAGACUCUAAGUCGUCGAUGAUAAAUGCGUUCGAACGUUCGUUGAGAUCAUAGUCAGUUGCUUCGAGUUGUUCGAAGUAGUCGGAUCGUUUAUCGUUUUCGUUACGUGCCGUUCUUCCAAUAAUUUCAAAGCAUCCAAAUAGAAACGUGUCUACUUACUUGCUUAAUUAUCUCAUUUUCUGUUUUUUCUUCUCUCUCUCUUCCUUUUUUAAAAAUUAUUUUUUUUCGCUUUCAACAUAUUUUUUUUUUUUAUUUAGUUUAUUUUUGGCAAUGUGUAUUAGCAGUGGUAUUAGGUGGACACGUGAAUUUGACAAAAGAUGAUCAAAGUACUCUGAUCUGAUAACAAGAUUCUAUUUCUACGAAACACGAAAGAGAUGAAACAAAUUAAUUUUAUUAUGAUUCCGAUGAUCAGUGAAUUUUAAAGCAGAAAAUAAGACAGAAAUAUAAAAAACACGAAGAACAAAAAUUAAUGAUUAAUGCAACUAUCAGCAAAAUGCAGUGACGAGAAUCAAUAUUUGUGAUUUCUUCGAUUUAAUCUAGUAAUAUUAUAAUCCCUAGUGAUUGGUGAAUAUACACUAUAGAAUAUAAAAAAUAGAUCAACCUAGUGAUCUGUAAAUAAUUAGUAAAAUUCCAAAAAUGGCUACCAUCUUAUCCGACGAGGAUGGGAACGCAAUGAAAUUAAAACAAAAACUCUUAAAUCGUUCCAAUAAUAAUAAGGAAGAAACACGUUCCUUUUUAAAUUUUUCCCGAGAAAAUUUGAAUAUAUCACAAGUUGAUUUGGAACAAGUAUUCACCAAAAGGCGUUGCAGACCUAAAAGACACACAGUCUUAAGUACUGCUGCGUUAUUAAUAGCUCUUUUAUGUUUCGGCCUGGAAACAUGGAAAUUGCGUUGCUCUUUGGUGAAUUCUCGUGAGAUCGAAGAAUUGAAGAAAGAUGUUAAAAGUUUGAAACAUAGAUUUUUACAGCAAGAUCUUUUGGACGAACUUAAGGCGUUCGAAGAACAACUUUAUGCCGGAGAGUCUACUGACGAGGAAGAUCCCGGAGAAGUAGACAUUGAUAACACCGAAUACGAUUCAAAUUACGAUGACGAUUCCUCGUCUUCAUCUUCAUCCUCUUCCUCUUCGUCCUCCUCUUCCUCGUCUUCGCACGAUUAUUCCAAUGAUUAUCAUACCUCAUCCGUAAUUUCAAAGAACUCGGAUUUUCCUAAAACAACUACUUCGACAUUAACAAAAAUAACAACAAAAACACCAAUACAAUCAACAACAACAUCUAGAUCAACUUCUAAUAACUUGGAAACAACUUCUACAUCAGAUCCUGUUUCGGAUAAAGCUAUGGUUGAAUUACUUGCUGCUUUAAGAAAAGCUGAGGCUAAGCAAGGUGAAAAAUUUGAAAAAAAUGUUCGACAUAUUCAUCGAAAUCUUGAACGGGAACGUUUAGAAAACGUCGAUGUUCUUGCUGACGAUGACGAAGACAACGACGAGGAUGACGAAGACGUCGACGACGACGAUGACGACGACGACAACGACGACGACGAAAACGACGAGACAAAUGACAAUUCUGACGUUGUUAAUUUGGAUCCUAUUAAAAGAAAAAGAUCGAUUACAGAGGAAAAUAUUUCGGAUGAUGUCAUUUUGAAUAGGACUUCUCGACAAAGAAAUCAUAUGAAAAAAUUUGCUUCCCCGAGACAUCGUUUUCAUAACAACGAAGAAUCUGGAAGAAUUGCGCACAAUGAUCGUGAUCAAAUUAGAUCGAUCACUUCCUUGGAAAGACAUCCUCCAAAGAAGUUUAACUCCCACUCGCAUCCGUCUGAAACGUCUCGGGCAUUUCCUUCGAGCCGUUACGAUGACGAUAAUUUAAGCGACGAAAUUGCUCGAUCAACUCUGCAACUUGAUGAAAGAGGAAAGGAUUACGCAGACCGAACCAAAUGGAGAUCAUCCCAUGACAAUAUGGGAAGCUUAAACGUUUCCGGAGGAUUACGUCGAGUAGUUAAUAGACGUCACUUGAGAACACCUCGUCAGAUUUUUGCAGUACAUUACGGCGCAGAUAGUACACUUUUCUCUCAAGACGAUGAACAUACUGGCAAUGGUCGAGGUCGUCACGGGAAUGGUGUCUUCAAAGCUUGGAGACCAAGUGAUUGGGUUUCGGAUUUAGGCAUGAGUAAAUAUUUUACUUUAGCUAAUGAUGGUAAACUUACUGUUCACGAGCCUGGAUUAUAUUUGAUUUAUGCACAAAUUCAUUAUCUCGAUGAGCACGAUGAAAAUGGUUUCAAAUUACUGGUAAACAGUAGACCAUUAUUUCAAUGCACGAUUUUCAGUCCAACCAGUGGCCACAAAAGUCGAUCUUGUUUUUCGGCUCAAAUAACUUUUCUUCAAGCUGGAGAUGUAUUGGUUCUUAAAGACGUUGCUGGUGAUAGAUAUACACUUUUCCAAUACGAUAAGAGUUUCUUCGGUUUGGUAAAAUUAGGAGAAUCCAGACAGCAAAGGCACCCCUCGUCUACGCAAUUACCAUUAUAGUGAUUGGUUCGUCUUAUCAUAGUAUAUUAGCAUAAUAUUUAGAUGAAUACAAAUCAACAGAAAAAAAGGUAAUGUACAUAUAGAUAUAAUAUUUUAUUGUUUUUUUUCUAUCCUUUUUUUAAAUAAUAGAUCGUUGCUACGUUGAUUUUCAUUAUAUUUUCUCGUCCUUUUUUAACGCUUUACUUUUACAUAUACACGUAUUUUAUAAUAUUUCGAGAGUGUUUGAAUAAAAUACGUUUGAUGUUAUUUUAAAUAAUAAUUACCACGUCGUUAUUAUAUCAUAGAGCUUUAAUUAAAUAGCCAUGCGAUAAUUAAACCAAACGCAAUGUGUGUGAUGCAUAGGAAUGUAAAUAAUAUUUUAUAUUUUGUUAUUAAAAUAAAUAGAAC